UGCGCCCGCCCCGUCCGAAGCGGAGCCCCCGAUGCUCUUCGGUGGCGGCGCGCCUGCGCCUCUCCCGCUGCCCGGGGGCUGCUCCCUGCGCCCGCCCCGCCGGCCCGAGCCAAGCGCGAGCAGGCCGGCCGGGGGCGGGGUGAAGGAGAGGCCGGCCGGGGGCGGCCCGUUAGUCGCCUGGCCUAGAACAGCGGGGCAGCGCGGCUCGGAGGCGGCGGGGACGCAGUGGAGGCGGCGCAGCUCAGCCGAGGUCCAGGCAGCCAGGACGAUGGGUCUUGCCCUGUGGGAGGUGCUUGGGCUGCUGUGUGGUGUCUGGCUGGGGGUGAGCGCCGCCCAGCAGAGCACCCCAGCGGCACCCUCAGUGCAGAGCACCCCAGCUGGCCCCAAGCUGCAGUUCCGGCUGGCUGGCUACCCCCGCAAGCACAACGAGGGCCGCAUUGAGGUCUUCUACGGCCAGGAGUGGGGCACCAUUUGCGACGACGACUUCACUCUGGCCAACGCCCACGUUCUCUGCCGCCACUUGGGCUUUGUGGCCGCCACCGGCUGGACUCACAGCGCCAAGUAUGGCAAAGGCAUCGGGCGCAUCUGGCUGGACAACGUGAACUGUGGGGGCAGUGAGAAGAGCAUCACGGACUGCCGGUCGAGGGGCUGGGGCAACAGUGACUGCUCCCACGAGGAAGACGCUGGUGUCAUCUGCAAAGACGAGCGCAUUCCUGGCUUUGUGGACUCCAAUGUGAUUGAGACAGAGCAGAACCAGGUGGAGGAGCUGCGCCUGCGCCCUGUGGUCUCCCACGCCAAGCGGCCACUGCCCGUGACGGAGGGCAUUGUGGAAGUCCGCCACCGGGGCAGCUGGGCACAGAUCUGCGAUGAGAACUGGAGCAGCCGUAACAGCCGCGUCAUCUGUGGGAUGCUGGGCUUCCCUGCCGAGAAGAAGGUCAACCGCAAUUUCUACAAGCCGGUCUCCAGGUCUCGCCCCAAACAUAGACGCAGGGAGGACUUUAGGGGCACCAAGAGGCUCUCCCUGGAGCGGCAGCCGCUCCACUACCGCCUGCACUCGGUGGCCUGCCUGGGGACGGAGGUGCACCUCUCCCUCUGCUCCUUCGAGUUCUACAAGGGCAACGCCACGGGCGUCUGCAGGGCGGGGAUGCCGGCCGUGGUCAGCUGUGUCCCUGGGCCGCUCUUUGCCACCGGGAACGCCCAGAAGAAGAAGAGGCAGCGGCAGCAGGCGGGGCAGCAGCGCGUACGGCUGAAGGGAGGGGCCAAGCCCGGCGAGGGGCGGGUCGAGGUGCUGAAAAACGGCGAGUGGGGCACUGUCUGCGACGACCGGUGGAGCCUGGCGUCCGCCAGCGUCGUGUGCCGGGAGCUGGGCUUUGGGAGCGCCAAGGAGGCUCUGACGGGGGCACGCAUGGGCCAAGGAAUGGGCCAGAUCCACCUGAAUGAGGUGCGCUGCCUGGGCACCGAGAAGUCCCUCUGGAGCUGCCCCCACAAGAACAUCACGCAGGAGGACUGCAAGCACACUGAGGACGCGGCCGUCCGCUGCAACGUCCCCUACAUGGGCCAUGAAACCACGAUCCGCAUCGCCGGGGGCCGAACCGCGUUUGAGGGGCGCGUGGAGGUGAAGCACGCCGGCCGCUGGGGCACCGUCUGCAGCACAGGCUGGAGCACCACCGAGGCCAUGGUGGCCUGUCGCCAACUCGGCCUGGGCUACGCCAUGCAUGCCGUGACGGAAACGUGGUACUGGGAUGCCAGCAACGUGACGGAGAUGGUGCUGAGCGGGGUGAAGUGUGGGGGGCACGAGAUGGCGCUGAGCCACUGCCAGCACCACAGCACCCUCAACUGCCCCAAGACGGGCACCCGAUUCGCCGCUGGAGUCAUCUGCUCAGAAACUGCCUCGGACUUGCUGCUGCAUGCCCCCCUGGUACAAGAGACGGCGUACAUUGAGGACCGCCCUCUGCACAUGCUCUACUGCGCUGCGGAGGAGAACUGCCUGUCCAGCAGCGCCCGCAAUGCCAACUGGCCCUACGGCCACCGCCGCCUCCUGCGCUUCUCCUCGCAGAUCCACAACAACGGCCGGGCCGACUUUCGCCCCAAGGCAGGGCGCCACUCCUGGGUCUGGCACGAAUGUCACGGGCACUACCACAGCAUGGACGUCUUCACCCACUAUGACCUCCUGACUUCCAAUGGCACCAAAGUCGCAGAGGGACACAAGGCCAGCUUCUGCCUGGAGGACACUGAAUGCCACGAGGACGUGAGCAAGCGCUAUGAAUGUGCCAACUUUGGGGAGCAGGGCAUCACGGUGGGCUGCUGGGACCUCUAUCGCCACGACAUUGACUGCCAGUGGAUAGACAUCACCGACGUCAAGGCUGGCAACUACAUCCUGCAGGUGGUGAUUAACCCCCGGUACGAAGUGGCGGAGAGCGACUUCACCAACAACGCCAUGAAGUGCAACUGCAAGUAUGACGGCCAUCGCAUCUGGGUGCACAGCUGUCAUAUAGGUACUUUCCGAGGGGUUUGGGGGGGGCUUGCUGGGUGUCCCCUCCUCUUCCUCAUGCCCUCCUCUGGUCCUUUUGCUGCAGGUGAUGCUCUCAGUGAGGAGGCAAACAGGCGCUUUGAACAGUACCCAGGACAGCUCAAUAACCAGAUUUUAUAGGCCAGACCACAAGCGCCACCGGCUGGCCUGCCCCACAGAAGGGGGGCUGAACCCUGAAAGCCCAUGACAGACAGACAGCGGCUCACCUGGCGCGCCACAGCCCUGGACGGUGCAAAGAAGCCGGUUGGCAAUGGGCAGAGGAAAGCAGGCUGCUGACCCCCUGCUCGCCCCCCCUCCAUAGGGGAGCUGGGACUGAACUGCAAGGCCAAACCCCCCUUCCCCCAAAACCCCCACCUCAAAGCUGUUUGCUUUCUUUCCCACAAAUGGGAGCAUCUGACAUGAUGGAGAAAUUGCGGGGGGGGGGGGUCAGGAGGAAGGCUGUCUACACCACUCCUGUCUGCCUGCUCAGGAGCUGCUCCUUCUGCCCCCCUGCACAGCCCCCCCUUUUCUGGUGCUGCAGGCUCUGAGGCCAGUUCUUGUUUCCUAUAUAAAGUUCAUGUCUUUUGUCCA